GUAUAUAAACGCCGGCGGCGCGCGGUUCGGAAUCGAGUCACAAUACAAGCAAUCGUAUUGAGCGCACCAGAGAAGCAACUGUACCAAACUAACGCAGUGAAAACCUAAUAAGAACCAGUGUAAUUGAGUCAUCGUGCUAAUAUUUGCCCUGAUAAAUAAAUCAACGCAAGAAAAUGAUGACUUUCAACAAAUUCUCGUCUAUCAUCGCAGUGGCGACCCUGUUAUUGGGCAUCGCAUCCAAUAACCACGUUUUGGCUGAAGAAAAAUGUCAACAGAGCCGAGGUAACAGACUAUUUGAUCAGACAUUCGGAUUAGCGCUAACACCCGACGACUUCCUCACAUCCAUGAUGUCUCCAUGGGGCUUCAACCCAUUCAACGACUACUUCAGGCCUUGGAGACAUCUGUCGCGAUUGACAAAGGACUUGGGAUCCACCAUCAAAUCUGACAAGGACUCUUUCCAAAUCAACCUUGAUGUACAACACUUCGCUCCGGAUGAAAUCUCUGUGAAGACUGCUGAUGGUUACGUGGUGAUCGAAGCUAAACAUGAGGAGAAACAGGACGAGCAUGGAUACGUCUCGAGGCAGUUUGUGAGGAGGUACGCACUCCCUGAAGGUACGGAGUCGAAGGAGGUUGUGUCCCAGCUAUCCAGUGACGGUAUCCUGACUGUUUCUGCUCCAAAGAAGGUCGUGGAAGGCAAAGGGGAACGAGUGGUGCCCAUCACUCAGACAGGACCGGUGAGGAAAGAGGCCAAGGAUGCUAAACCCGAUGAGAGUACACAAGGCACAUGUUCAGCGAAGGGCGAAUCGUGUAGCAAAGCUUAAUUUUAUUCUAAUAAAUUUUGUUAAGUUAUUUUUUUAAGUUUACAAGA